CCACGUAAGCAGUGCCACAUCAGACACAGUGCCACGUCAGACAGUGCCACGUAAGCAGUGCCAUGUCAACAGUGCCACGUCAGCAGUGCCACGUCAGACAGUGCCACAUCAGCAGUGCCACGUCAGACAAAGUGCCACGUAAGCAGUGCCAUGUCAGCAGUGCCACGUCAGACACAGUGCCACGUCAGCAGUGCCAUGUCAACAACAUGACGGGCCUGCCAGGCCAACUGGCCAAUGAGCCCAUUGCCGACUACAAAAAGCGCUACCAGGCUCAGCUCGCUGCAAUCGAGGCUGAGGAACAACGCCAGCUGGCAGUCAAGGCUGCCCAGCUACAGGCUGAAGAAGCGGCAACAGCAGAGAAGCUGCGGCUACAGACCGAAGCAGACGCAGAUGCCCAGGCUCGCCGCAAGGAAGCCCAGGAUCUGCUGCUGCGGCAUGAAGCCAACAGCAUCGAGAGACUCAAGUACUGGCACUUUGAACCGAACGGCGACGAGGCAACACCGGAAGAACAGCAUAAGGAGUUCAUGGCCACGCUCGUGACCAGCAGUGCUUCCUCUAGCAGCCAACUGGAGGAACGCGUUGACCACGUACUGGCAAUGCUAGGAGACAUACGUGCCUUCACAGAGCCGGCCACCAUCAGCCAGCGGUUCGAGUUGCUGGACACCAAGAUCAGUCAGCAACAGCAGACCGACCACAGCCACAACAACAGCUCGGCGAGGCCAUACAAGAUGCCGACGUUCCGGAUCGAGAAAUUUGAUGACUACACACAUCAAGACCCGGUCGUCUGGUGGCAAGGAUUUACAACGGAGUUGGGGAUUCACGAGGUCCCUGACCAUCUGUUCAUCAGUGCUCUGUUCAUCAACACCAAGGGAGGAUGUCAGAUCUGCCUCAGCCACAUGGCAACCAUCCACGGCGUCCAGGUUUCAGACCUGUACAAGAAGGUCUCCUGGGAAGAUAUGACGAAGGAAUGGAAGAAGUGGUUCAUCGUCGACGACGCCUUGACACUCACCAUCAACCGCAUCUUCACGAUGGCUCAAGGGAGCACACCGACACGUGACUGGCUCAUGGAUUGGCAGAAGAUCGUGGCAACGCCCGAUUUGGACUUGCCAUUUCCGCAUCUGCGGUGUGAGUUCUCCAACAGGUCAUGCGUCGCUCUCAGCCUCGCACUUGGUGAUCACGAGCAGUACAACACUUUCGCAGAGAUCAUCAACAAGGCGAGAGAGUUCAUCAAGACCAACAGGGCGGCUGCGCACGAGAAGUCCACGUGGCAGCCAACCUAUGUGGAGAAGGUACGAACUGGUCCGCAACAGCAGCAGUUCGCCGCAGUGCAGUCGGACAGUGGAGAUAACCCAGCAGCCACUCCAGCAUCAAGUGACGGAGAUCAGGUGGCUGCUGUCCAGCCGCGAAGCAACAACAAGUCCCGCAACAAUGGGAAGGCGAAAUCCGCAUCGCAGGGACCAGCUCCGUUGAUGGACGUCGGAGUAGAGGUUGUCGACCUUCACGCUUACAUUGCGAAGAUCGACCGCGAGUUCAAGACGCAACGGUACGACGACAUCGACGCACCAUUGCCAUAUGUACGCAUUCAGAUCGGAGAGGCGACCUGCAACGCCUUGAUCGAUUGCGGAGCAUCUCGCAACUACAUCAGCCAGGACUUCAUGGUGCGCGCCGGCCUUGGCCCACGCGUCCGGAGGAAGUCCCAGCCUACGCAAGUCACGUUGGCGGACGGUCACACGCACAAGUCAAUCGACCGGUGCAUUGACAACGUCCCAAUGUACUUUGCCCCUCACGCAAGUGAGGCGGUGUCCUUUGACAUUCUCGACACCACAUUUGACAUGAUCUUGGGCAUGUCAUGGCUGCGAAGCGAGGAUCACCCGCUGAACUUCUUCCACCGCACCGUUCACAUUCGUGAUCGGAACGGAGUACUAGUUCCAUGCACGGUGCCUCUUACUCAUCCUUCGAUCAACUGCCACGUGGUAUCCGCCGCAAGCAUGCGAGCUUCCAUCAUCAGAGACGACAUCGAGGAGAUGGGGGUAUGUUUUCUCCACGCCCUCCCGCCCCAUGACGCUUCAUCGACGGACUCACCUUCGGAUCCACGCAUCACCGAGCUUCUCGACCCCUACAGCGACGUGUUCGAAGGCCCGCACGGAGUAGYACCGGAUCRACCCAUCCRCCACGARAUCAUCCUCGAGGACGGGGCCGUACCUCCGCGCGGYUGCAUCUACCGAAUGAGCGAGGAAGAGUUAAGUGUGCUUCGGGCACAACUCGACGACCUUCUAGAGAAAGGCUGGAUUCGGCCUAGCUCAUCGCCAUACGGUGCCCCUAUUCUCUUCGUCCGGAAGAAGAACAAGGAGUUGCGGUUGUGCAUCGAUUAUCGCAAGCUCAACGCGCAGACGAUCAGAAACGUCGGCCCUCUCCCACGCAUCGACGACCUUCUCGAGCGACUGGGCGGCGCCAAGUUCUUCUCCAAGCUCGAUCUCAAGUCGGGAUAUCACCAACUCGAGAUUCGCAAGGAGGACCGUUACAAGACAGCGUUUAAGACGCGAUAUGGGCAUUUCGAAUGGCUGGUUAUGCCAUUUGGCCUUACGAAUGCCCCGACCACUUUCCAAGCGGCUAUGACAACGGAGUUCCGACACAUGCUGGAUCGAUACGUACUUAUCUAUCUUGACAACAUCCUGGUGUACAGCCGGAGUUUGGAGGAGCAUGUGGAACACCUGCGCACCGUUUUGGAGCGGCUACAACAGGCCAAGUACAAAGCCAACCGCGACAAGUGUGAAUUCGCGCGGCAGGAGCUGGAGUACUUGGGCCAUUAUGUGACGCCGCAAGGCAUCCGUCCGCUCGCGAACAAGAUCGAGGCCCUACGAGCAUGGCUUGAGCCCACCAACACCACGGAUGUUCGUUCAUUCAUGGGAUUGGCGGGCUACUAUCAGCGAUUCAUCACCGGAUACUCCUGGAUUGCUGCACCUAUGACGAGGUUACARUCGCCAAAGGUGCCAUUCGUAUUCGAUGACGACGCAUGCCGGUCAUUCCAAGCACUUAAGACGGCUAUGCUCAUGGCACCCGUCCUUAGCAUCUAUGACCCCACCUUGCCGACGAGAGUGACUACGGACGCUUCCGACUAUGGCAUUGGGGCAGUCGUGGAACAACACGACGACGACGACUGRCACCCUGUGGAGUAUUUCAGCCACAAAGUGCCUCCCAUCAACUCGCUUGAUGAUGCAAGGAAGAAGGAGCUACUCGCGUUCGUCAUGGCUCUCAAGCGAUGGCGGCACUUCCUCCUUGGGCGUCGUAGGUUCACAUGGGUUACGGACAACAAUCCAUUGACCUACUACAAGACGCAGGAUACGGUGAGCAGCACGAUCGGACGAUGGAUGUACUUCAUCGACCAGUUUGACUUCACACAGAAACAUCUUCUCGGCCUCUCAAAUCGCCAAACAGAUGCACUCUCGCGAAGACCGGAUCUUUGCGCUAUGACACAUCAUGCCUUCGCAUUCGACGAGGAGCUUCAGCGACACUUCAUCCGGGCAUACGAGUCUGAUCCGGACUUCGCCACGCUGUAUGCACAGCUAUCUUCUGAUCACCCGCCGGCCAGCCAUUACCGCAUUGCCGACGGGUACUUGCUCCUCCACUCAAGCAAGGACUUACUAUCUUGCCGACGUAGCAAGCCCCGCAACCGCAAUCCCUAUGGCGAAUUACGCCCGAUGCCUAUCCCACGGGAAGCUGGUCUCUCCAUUGCCAUGGACGUCACCGGUCCGUUUCCCCGCGACCGGCUCGGGCACGACGACAUCCUCACGGUUGUGGACCGAUUGAGUAAGUACGCGCGUUUCCUGUACUACUCCAUGGCUCCCGAGCUGGCAUGCCUCUUGCACACUGGUUGGAUUUGUGGCCACGGUGUACCAGAAGACAUAGUCAGCGACUGCGACACUCGUUUCAUGUCAGCAUUUUGGAUUGCGCUCAUGCAGGAGUCCGGCACAACGAUGAAACCAAGUUCGGCUCGGCAUCCACACAUAGACGGGCAGACGGAGCGGGCACAUCAAACUGCUCAAACGAUGCUUCGUACGCUCAUCCGUCCGGACCAGAAAGAUUGGGUUGACCGCCUCCCCGACAUCGAGUUCGCCUACAACACUUCGGUGCAUCCGGCGAUCGGCGUGACUCCAUUCGAGUUGCACCACGGUGGACGGAAAGGCCGGAUCUUCGCCGACCUUCUCCUCCCUCGACCAGCCGACAUUGGCGCUGCCUGCUCUCCCGUUUCCGUCCGGAAGAACAGGGAAUUGCUGACUCAAGCCCGUGCAAACAUGCAAAAGGCUCAAGUCCGCAUGCAGCAGCAAGCCAACAAGCGUCGCGUACCAUGUCCCAUCCGCGCCGGUGAUCUGGUUUGGGUCUCCGCGGAAGAGUUUGCACUGGAACAGGACGUUUCACGCAAACUGCUUCCCAAAUGGUUUGGACCUUGGUCUGUGACAGCAGCCGCGGGCGAUGAGCCCGAUAGCCCUUCAUUUGUGAUCAACAUUCUAGAGCAUCUGACGGUCCAUCCAGUCUUCCACGCCUCGAAGAUGGCAACAUACACGCCAGCCAAGAGCGACGACUUUCCGGUCUGACGAUCGCAGGACCCUCCUUCUAUGGAUGGUCAUCAGGAAGUUGACCGCGUCAUCACCGAUCACAAGUACGGCAGCAAGCCGC